CCCAGCCUGCCCCGCGCGCUGCUGAAUGGGGGAAGUCGCAAGAUGGCGGCGAACGCGAACUCUGCCGGUGGCGGCGGGAGCCUCCCCCUCUUUGACUGCCCGAGCUGGGCAGGAAAACCUCCACCAGGGCUGCACUUGGAUGUAGUCAAAGGAGACAAACUUAUUGAGAAACUGAUAAUUGACGAGAAGAAAUACUAUCUCUUUGGGAGAAACCCCGAUCUGUGUGACUUCACCAUUGAUCACCAGUCCUGCUCCCGGGUCCAUGCUGCCUUGGUCUACCACAAACAUCUGAAAAGGGUUUUUCUUAUAGAUCUCAACAGCACACAUGGCACGUUUUUGGGCCACAUCCGUUUGGAACCUCACAAGCCGCAGCAGAUCCCCAUCGACUCGACGGUUUCGUUUGGCGCCUCCACGCGGGCCUACACUCUGAGAGAAAAGCCUCAGACGUUGCCUUCCGCAGUGAAAGGAGAUGAAAAAAUGACCACGGAGGACGACGAGCUCAAGGGAUUGCUUGGCCUGCCUGAAGAGGAGACGGAGUUAGACAACCUGACAGAGUUUAACACAGCCCACAACAAGAGGAUCUCCACAUUAACCAUUGAAGAAGGGAACUUGGACAUCCAGAGACCAAAACGGAAACGGAAGAACUCGAGAGUAACGUUCAGCGAUGAUGAUGAGAUCAUCAAUCCAGAGGACGUGGACCCUUCUGUUGGACGUUUCAGAAACAUGGUACAGACUGCAGUUGUCCCGGUGAAGAAAAAAAGAGUGGAAAACUCGGGCUCCCUGAGCACGGAUGAGUCUGCGACGCGGCGCAUGCAGAACUUUCCCUACAGCGGAGGAUUGUACGGCGGCCUGCCCCCUACUCACAACGAGACGGGCGCCCAGUCCCACAGCAUCCACGGCACAGCGCUCAUCGGGGGCCUGCCGAUGCCCUACCCUAACCUCGCCCCUGAUGUGGACUUGACUCCGGUUGCGCCGUCCGCGGUCGCUAUGAACCCAGCUCCCAACCCCGCUGUCUUUAAUCCCGAAGUUGUGAAUGAGCCCAAGAAAAAGAAGUAUGCGAAAGAGGCAUGGCCAGGCAAGAAGCCCACCCCUUCUCUCUUGAUCUGAAGUGCAGAGAGCUUUGGGAUGU